AUGAUCGCUAGGCGCCUGGCUUCAAGGAACGUGCGCAUUGAGAACAGACACCGCGAUGAGUCCCGAGGAGCAGCCCAGGAUAGCUACAGAGAAACGAGGUCACUGGACCUACGGCUCAAGAAGGCUGCUCGGAAUAUGCCUACGGCAUGGUGGAAAGCUCCCACCUUUGCAGCCGAGGAAUUGGAUCGAGAGGUGAUGGACAAGACUGCCAAGCUUUUGGUUCAAACUCAUCAAUACUAUCUUUUGGUAGUCUUGCACCAGCCACAUAUCCUCGGAGCUCCUCCUCCCAACGAGUUGAAAUAUGGACGUGAUCAUAUGGACUAUACGUACAGUGCGACGGCUACUGUCGCAGCAAGCCGCGAAAUUCUCACACGCUACCUCGUCCUUCGCAAUUUCCACCAGUCCUCAUCCUACCGAGGUUUUGACGAAAAAGCAUUUGCUGCGGCUAUGUCACAUCUUCUUGUACAUCUGAAUGGACAUAGUCUCGGCGCUACAAACGUGCUUGAACAUCAGCGACCACAUGAUCUUGGGAUCUUGGAAGAUGUCAUUCACUGCAUGGAGACAGUGUGUUCAGUCAACAGGGAUCUUCGAGGCUAUUCUCGGGCUCGAACACUCAGGGAGCUUUCCAGAAUUGAAGCGAAUGCAGCAGAUGGAUGUGGCUAUGUUGUCUAUUCAACCUAUGCAUUCAAUGAAAUGAAGGGAGCCGAGUCUGUUGAUAUCAGAACAGAUCUUGAAAUUGCUUUGCCAUACCUUGGAAACAUCUAUGUCACUCGUCAAACAACAGAUUCAUUUGGUGAGGAUCUCUCAGCCACUACCCAGAUGGCGAGCCUAGCACCUCAAUUUUUGUUGAAACCCCCCAAUCAACAAGACCAAUACACACCGCAGAAUACCCUGGGAGUGUUCGGUGGCGAGAUUUUCUACGAUGAGUCCGACUCAAGCUGGUUUGAUAAAUGGUCCAUCCAUGAGGAGAGAUUUUCCUAG